AUGCAGGGACUCGCAGCGCCUUGGAUGGCCACGACUUCCACUUAUCCCGACAUUGUUGAUCUGACGCGGGACGAUGCACCCAUGGAUAUUGACAAUGCAAAUCCACAUUCGCAGUCGACAAACGGACUCUCACAGAACGUGAAGCCAGAGCCAUCAAAUGAGUCGAUCACUUUCGUCUCCAAGUUAGCUCACAGGGCACCAUCCUCAAGUCCUCAAAACCCCAACGCCAGCCAGAUUGGACAUGCGGGAAUAGAACCUCCACGUCUGUCUGCUGGAUCUGGGCCUACAGCUCAACCGCAUCUUCGCCACCAGCAUGAAAAAGCCACAGACGAGCGCACUCCUGCCUCCGUAUCUACGACUUUCAUUCCUUUCGUUUUAGGGAAACGAAAGAGUCCUGAAAUCGAGAGUUCGGACCAGGGGUCAUCGAUCAUCAAGGCCGUCCUCCCUACCGGGAACCAGAACGGCCCAGAAGCCUCGGUGCCACCUCUUAGCGCAAAAGCAUUGGGCAAAAGACCCAUGCAUAGCCUCAGAACGCCAAGUCCGCGAAGAGAUGAGGCUGCUGUAAGUGCAGUGAGCGUGGUGAUACCAUCUCCCUCAACUGGGCAAAAGGAUCAACUUCUCGCUGCUGCCAAAGUGGAAUUCACGGGGCUUAGCGAAGAGUAUUUCCCAACGGGACGAGAGGAGCAGGCCAAGAGCAGACUUCGGGCGUAUCCCAGUCUCAGUCGGUCUACCCCGAACAAAAGGAUGGUUCCUCUCACGAUGACUGCACCCGCCCAACUGGGGCCUUUGAAGAGAGUUCAUACUUUCUCCAUCCAGAAGAAUGUCCCACCACCCCCAUCACAGCUCCCUCGAUCUACGCGGAGUCCGACUCCAUACUCGCUGAGUCAAGAGCCGAUGAGUCGGGCUUCCAUUGCCAACUUUUUGCGCAGGAAACACCGCAAGAAGCUCAAGCGAAUUAGCGGUGGGCCCGAUACUAGGUUUGAUGUCGACGAUGAGCGACUGGCUACUCUAUCCGCCAACUUCUUCUUCAUCGGAGAUUAUCGCCUAGGGCCUGGCGUGAACCCCGUCGCCGACGACUUUCUCACAGGCUGUGAUUGUGGGACCAAGUGCGACCCCCAGACAUGUAGCUGUUUGGUCGAGGAACUCGAUUCCGACGAGCUGAUUGUUGCCUAUGAGCGACGGCCUUCGGGGACGAUCGUGUUACGUGAGGACUUUAUGGAUCGAAAAGCAAUGAUCUCUGAAUGCAGUUCCCGAUGCCACUGCGCCGGCCAUGAUUGCUGGAAUCAUGUCGUACAACGCGGCCGCCAAGUUCGCCUCGAGGUCUUCGAUACAGGCAAGCGCGGACUGGGCUUGCGAAGCCUAGAGCCCCUGGUCGCGGGCCAGUUCAUUGAUUGUUACUGGGGGGAGGUGUUGACCAAGGAAGCUGCUGAUGCCCGAGAGGCCGCCCGUGAGGGUCAACCGUCCUAUUUGUUCAGUUUAGAUUGGCUCAUCGCAGAGGGAGAGAGCCAUCUCUCACACGAUGACUGCUAUGUAGUCGACAGUCUUAGGUUUGGAGGCGCAUCGAGAUUUAUCAACCACUCCUGCAACCCGAAUUGCAAAAUCAUUCCCGUCUCGGUGAACCGCUUGGCCGACCACCGGCUGUAUUAUCUCGGUUUCUUUGCGAUUCGGGACAUUCCCGCCAAAGAAGAAUUGACCUUCGAUUACCAUCCUAAUUGGGAUGGUUCCAAGCAAAUCGAUCCCAGCGCGGUCAAAUGUCUCUGCGGCGAACCGAACUGCCGAGGUCAACUAUGGCCCAACAGCCGAAAGAAGGGCAAUUAA